CUGAGACAGCUGAGGGCCAUGUGAGCACCAGGGGCGGGGGCCGCAGGCUCGGUGCAGCCUCCUUUCUGGGACUGAAAGGGAAAGACCUGUCUGCUGCCAUAGGGGAACGAUGCAAGGUUACCGUGAGUGUUGUGCCGUGUCUACUAAGGUUUCGAGGAUUAAUAAUUUAGGCCGUCCUUUGAAAUAGGAAACCCGCAGUUGGUUGUUCCUGCCGUCUCGGAAGGGUUAGGAUAUAGCCGGUCCGUUUUUGAUGUAUGAAACUGAAGAUUUGUAAAGAAAGGCCUCCGCCUCUGCCUGGGCCACCGUCGUUUUCUUCCCAUGCCAGUGCCCAGCAGGCAUGUCAGUAUUGGUCGUUCUCAGAGCUGGGAUGCUGCCGGGUGGUACGAGGGCCCCUGGGAGAUGGCGGAGGCUCCAGGCCGGAGCAGCUCCCUGACAGAUGGAGGCAGAGAGGGACCCUGGUAUGAGCCCACGCCCGAUCUCUGCCACGAGGCCUUCUACAGUUCGGUGGCCGGAAGGAAGAACUCCGUCCCCGACUUCACCUUUUACGACAGCAGACAGGCCGUGAUGUCUGCCCGGGGUGCCCUGCUGCCGCGGGAUUACUACGGCGACCCAUCCGGAGCCUCUCGGGUGCCCAGAGAGCUGCGUCACCACCGGGACCCUGGAGUCAGCCGGUCGCUGCCCGGCUAUGGAGUGCUUGGCAGCAGAAUGACAUGGGAGCAAGUGCAAGGUCGGACCCCUGCCCUGCAGGACACAGGCCACCUAUACCAGGAUCCUGGAGGUAAAAUGAUCGCGCCAGGGCAGCGGACGCAGAGCAGGGCCCCGCCACCCGUGCACUAUGCCGGGGAGCUGGCGGAUGUGCCCGUGUACCCCUCCAGCCAGGUCUACAACAAUGUAGCUGAGAGGCCUGUGGAUCCCGCCCCCGCCAGGCAGGCGGCCCCUACCUGCCUGGUUGUGGACCCCAAUGGGACUGCUGCCUCCGAGGGUGGCCCAGGGGUAGCCCCAGGCACUCUGAAUCGAGGCUACGGGCAGGAACAUGCCCCCUCCAAGGUGUCUUAUGAGAAUUGUGAGGCUGACCUGUCCACCUUCCAGGGGCCCGCUGGCAAGAGGACUGUGCUGCCUGAAUUCCUGGCCCUCCUUCGGGCUGAGGGUGUGGCGGAGGCCACACUGGUGGCCCUUUUACAGCAGGGCUUCGACUCCCCGGCCGUCCUGGCCACCAUGGAGGAUGCAGACAUCAAGUGCGUCGCGCCCAACCUGGGCCAGGCCCGCGUCCUGAGCCGCCUGGCCAGCAGCUGCAGGACUGAGAUGCAGCUUCGGAGGCAGGGCCGGGUAGGGUCCCUGCCCCGGACACGCUCCAGCAGCUUCAGCCACCAAAGCGAGCUCCACGGCGACUUGUCUUCUCUGCAGCCCCAGCCUGUGGGUCCCCUGCAGACGGCGUCACCCCGCGUUGGAGACCUGGCGCGCCGCCCCUCCAGCGCACCGUCACAGCACCUCCUGGAAACAGCGGCUACCUAUUCUGCUCCUGCAGGGGGCGCCCAAGCCCCCCAUUUCCCCUCUAACUCUGGGUAUAGCUCUCCCAUCCCAUGCGCCAUGACAGCACGGCUGGGCCCCACAUACCCCCCACAUGCUGGAGUGGCCCUGACUAACCCAGGCCCUGGGACGCCCCUUCACCCAGGCCCCAGAACAGCCUACUCCACAGCAUACACGGUGCCCAUGGAACUGCUGAAGCGGGAACGGAGCAUGGCCGCGUCUCCCCUGCCCAGCCCGUACGGCAGCCCGCAGCUCCUGCGGAAGCCCGGUGUCCCUGUGGAGCCGUCCACCCUGCCGCCCGCCAGCCAGAACCUCCACGUGCCUCACUCGCCCUACCAGAAGGUGGCCCGGCGGACAGGGGCCCCCAUCAUCAUGUCUACUAUGCUUGCUCCGGAACCAAGUAUCCGUCCCCAGAUCAUGAACGGCCCCCUGCACCCCCGCCCCCUGGUGGCGCUGCUGGACGGCAGAGACUGCACCGUGGAGAUGCCCAUCCUGAAGGACCUGGCCACUGUGGCCUUCUGUGACGCGCAGUCCACUCAGGAGAUCCACGAGAAGGUUUUAAACGAAGCUGUGGGCGCCAUGAUGUACCACACCAUCACGCUCACCCGGGAGGACCUGGAGAAGUUCAAGGCCCUGAGGGUCAUCGUGCGGAUCGGCAGCGGCUACGACAACGUGGACAUCAAGGCAGCCGGGGAGCUCGGAAUCGCCGUGUGCAACAUCCCGUCGGCAGCAGUGGAAGAGACGGCCGAUUCCACCAUCUGCCACAUCCUCAACCUGUACCGGAGGAACACGUGGCUGUACCAGGCCCUGCGGGAGGGCACACGGGUGCAGAGCGUCGAGCAAAUCCGGGAGGUCGCCUCAGGAGCCGCUCGCAUCCGCGGGGAGACACUGGGCCUCAUUGGCUUUGGUCGCACAGGGCAGGCCGUCGCUGUUCGAGCCAAGGCCUUUGGAUUCAGCGUCAUCUUCUAUGACCCCUACUUGCAGGAUGGGAUCGAGCGGUCCCUGGGCGUGCAGAGGGUGUACACCCUGCAGGACUUACUGUAUCAGAGCGACUGCGUCUCCUUGCACUGUAAUCUCAACGAGCAUAACCACCAUCUCAUCAAUGACUUUACUAUAAAGCAGAUGAGGCAAGGUGCGUUUCUGGUGAACGCGGCCCGCGGAGGGCUGGUGGACGAGAAAGCCUUAGCCCAGGCGCUCAAGGAAGGCAGGAUACGAGGGGCGGCCCUCGACGUGCACGAGUCGGAGCCUUUCAGCUUUGCUCAGGGUCCCUUGAAAGAUGCACCGAAUCUCAUUUGUACGCCCCACACAGCCUGGUAUAGUGAACAAGCGUCACUAGAGAUGCGGGAGGCCGCUGCCACGGAGAUCCGCCGGGCAAUCACAGGUCGCAUCCCGGAGAGCUUAAGAAACUGUGUGAACAAGGAGUUCUUUGUCACCACAGCUCCCUGGUCAGUAAUAGACCAGCAGGCUAUUCAUCCGGAGCUCAAUGGUGCCACCUACAGAUACCCGCCCGGCCUCGUGGGCGUGGCCCCGGGAGGACUUCCUGCAGCCAUGGAGGGCAUCAUGCCCGGAGGCAUCCCUGUGACUCACAACCUCCCCACAGUGGCGCACCCUUCCCAGGCACCCUCUCCCAACCAGCCCACAAAACACGGGGACAAUCGAGAGCACCCCAACGAGCAAUAGCAGAGAGUGACGAAAGGUCAUCAUCAGAUAAACCUGGGACCAAGAGACAGUGACAAAUAGAUGAACUAAGAGGAGAGGAAUUGGACAGUCUUUGAAACUGGUUCUGGACACAUGCAUCACUGACGUUUCAGUGGUAAAACGACAGAAGAGCUAGACGCCGAGACGUGGGGAAACUGAAGACGCCGUCUACUUACGGAAGCGCUGAAAGACUAGGACGUGGUUUAGUAACGACCAACUUCUGUUAUUGUGUGUUAAGUUUUUCAUCUGUGCAUCAAAUCACAAAGAAUAAAUAGAUUUUUCCUUUAUCAGUCCUUUGGGCACACAGGUCCUCAACACCUUGCUCUACAAUGUUGCAUCAAGAGUUCCAAACAUCCCAAUAAAAAGUAUUACGAGGA